GAGCUGCGCAGUAAGGGAGGUGGCCUUUCCCCAUCCCUCCUCCCCCGUCCCCCUCCUUUCCCUCCCAGCCCUCACCCCUCCGCCUGCGCCCUGCCCUCCAGGGGCCACCCCGCAGCUCCCCGCCCCCUCACUUCGCCUGCUCCACCUGAGGGGAGGAAAUUGCCAGGCAGCGCGUGUUGCCCUCUGCCUAGCCCUGGGAGGCGGUGGCAGUGGCACCUCCUCCUGGGACUCCUCCUUCGCUCCGCCACUAGGGGGUGGCCAAGCGGAGGAGCCCGGCGAGCCCGAGGCAGCUUCGGCAGCCAGCAAGAGCGGCGGCGGCGGCACCAUGACCCUGGGCUGCAGCAGCGGGAGCAGCAGACCCUGCGGCUUGCUGGCGGCCACCUCGCCUGAGGAGGAAGAGGACGACGAGGCGCCCUCCGAUGUAGAGGACGUCGACAUCGACGUGGUGGGCCCUCCGCACGAGCACGGCCAAGCUAAAUUCAGCGAGGAGGAAGACGAGGAAGAAGAGGACGACGACGACGACGACGACGACCUGCGCCUCCUUCCCAAGCAGGCAGCCCGCGGGCGGCUGUCCCCAGCCCAGGGAGGCCCGGAGGCCGCGCUAGGGGAGAGCCAUCCCCCGCCAGUGGCUGCCCCGGCGGCUCCAACUGCGCCUGCCUCGGCGUCGUCGUCGUCCUCCUCGUCCUCUGGCGGCGCCCCGGGAGGCGGCAAGAACCCGCUGGUGAAGCCGCCCUACUCGUACAUCGCGCUCAUCACCAUGGCCAUCCUGCAGAGCCCCAAGAAGCGACUGACGCUGAGCGAGAUCUGCGAGUUCAUCAGCGGCCGCUUCCCCUACUACCGGGAGAAGUUCCCGGCCUGGCAGAACUCCAUCCGCCACAACCUGUCGCUCAACGACUGCUUCGUCAAGAUCCCCCGCGAGCCGGGCAACCCGGGCAAGGGCAACUACUGGACUCUGGACCCGGAGUCCGCCGAUAUGUUCGACAACGGCAGCUUCCUGCGCCGCAGGAAGCGCUUCAAGAGGCAGCAGCAGCAACUCCACCCGCAGCCACCGGAGCUCCUCUUGCGCGCUGCCGCCGAUCCAGCCGCUUUCCUGCCGGGCUUCGCCUACGGACCUUACGGCUACAAUUACGGGCUCCAGCUGCAGAGCUUCCACCACCACCAUCACCACCACCACCACCCGGCUGCUGCUGGGGGCGGCGGGGCAGCGGCGGGGACUUUCCCUUUCCAGCCUCCGCCCUGCGCCCUGCCCGCGCAGCCAGGCCCCGGAGCCUCGGCGACCGCCCCGUCGGUCUUCUCCAGCGGCCUGUCGUCUUUCCUAGGCGGGGAGCUGAGCUGCAGGAAGGCCUUCUACCCCGCCGGGCAGCUUAGCCCCACCGCCUCGCUCCUGCAGAGUCUCAAGACGGACCAGGGAGCCGGCAACAGGCCUUCCUUUUCCAUAGACAACAUCAUAGGAGCGGGAGGUGGCGGAGCGGGCCCCCCGCCUUCCAGUAGCACCGCCACCAGCGCGCCGGCUUCGCCCUUCCCGGCGAGCCACGCUGGUGGCCAAGCGCAAGUCCUGGCUAUGCUCUCUCCAGCUCUGACUCCCCUACCGAGCCAUUUGAAUCUGACCCAUGAAUCCCUACUGCAGUCCGGACAGAACUUUUCCAGUAAACUCACAAACCUCAACAGCUGUCCUUUUUAAAACUCAACCAGCCACCAUUCCCCCGAUCCCAACCAACCCCGCUCCUCUCUGUCUCUCCCCGCCCCAGCUCCACUCUCACAAUUGUCCUCCUAUUGUGUUUUUUAAAGGUAGGAAUUCUUCCUCUCUUUUUUCCCUUCAGACUGUUUGGCGUCUGGAUCGAAUUUGCGUGUGUCUCUCCCUGCUUAUUCAGGGUUCUGUUUUUAGGAGCAGGGGUGGGGGGAGAAAGUUUCUACCGAACUGAAAGACCUGUCUUUAUAGUAAAAAUUUAAAAAAGUCAAAAUCAGAUCUGGCAGCCUGAAGGGGGAGGGGGGACGCACACAGGGAAUAGUUUAAGGCUGCGAUCUUAAGCCACCCACGUGGAAGCAACUUCCGUUGUAUUCACUGAGACUUACUUCCAAGUAAAUAUGUUUAAGAUCCGACUGGCAGAAGGAUGGGCUCUAGUUCACCAAACACUUUCUUUGAGAGUAUGGUUUUAAAUCUCCAAGUUGAUUAUUCCGUAGUAGUCACUUAAUAUUUGAGGAAGCUGCCUCGGAAUAAGGGCGGGGCUGGGGAACUGUAACCUUUGUGCGGCAGCCUCUGCGGGUAGAGGUGAUUCCCGAACAGUCCUCUCGCAGCCCAAUUUAAGUGAAAUAGGCGUAGCACUAAGUGAUAGAUUCUAUGCAUGUUUACUCGGAAGCAAAUCCCACCGAAUUAAUUAAGAGGGACUCCCGCAUAGGUGUGUAUAGGACUUUAGGCUUGGGCCCUUCGGUUUCAGUGGGCAGUAUAUCGGACUGCCCAUUAGAAGAAAUAUUGCACUAGUGACGAUUCUUCAAAAUCUUGCUUUACUGGGAUUGUUCUCUCAAAGGAACUGUUUAAGGACUUGAACUCCCCUAGAAUAUUGGAACUCCUCCAUUCUCCCCCUCGCCCAAAAGAGAGAAAGUCAGGAUAAUUGUGCUAAAGCGAGUUUUCAAGUGCAACUUAAAAGAUCCUGCGAUAUCAGGAAGUCCUCUAUUGUCUAAUCACCCGUCUCCUCUCCGUGCUUCAACGUGAGUGUUUCUUGUGUACCUGGACUUAAAGUGUGUGUGUGUGUAUAUAUUUUGUGCGCCAGACCCUACUUCACCCUUUUCAUUAGCUGUGCAUCCUUCCUAUUUUAUUGAAAGAAUUGUGAAUAAUUUGAUGUGGAAAAGGCAACGUAAUUUUUUGUGUCCACCUUUGGUGUAAAUUAAUAAAUGUUUGUGAACUCUUUCAAAAGGAAACCCGGUCGAUUUUACUAUUCGCUUUCUUAAUACCAAUAG